GGCAGAAGCGAGAGAGUGAUCUUUCGCAGUGAGGCGGCGAGUCGACAUACGCAGGUCGUGCUCAUCAUAGCAGUCACUUCAUCUCACGCCGUUCUCCGGUACGGACCUAUUUCGUUUGUGUCUCCCGGUCCGCUUCGGGCUAGCAAUCCAAUCCGUCCUUCGAUCGCGUUUCGAAGCUUGCGUCAGUAAUCUCGUCUCGUUUGUGUUUAAUCGUUCAAAAAGCGACAACACAAACAGUAGUGUAGUUAAAACGUACAAUACUUUUAAGACGCUUAGCAAAAGUUUAUUUAUACGGGGCCGCUUCCCCACCGAUCGCGAUCAUCGAUAGAUCAACAGUAGAAGGUGUGAGGUAGCAAAACAAAGCCUAAACAACUUCUCGCCCUCAGUUUUGCCCUGGUGUGUCUGUGCGUUGUUUUUCUUCCUCGGUGCAAGAUAUUUGGUGUGUUGCUCGCGUACACAGCGCGAGUCAGCGGAGAGCCAGCCAGGCACGUUACAUUGUGUGGCGAGUAGGAAAGAGGGUGUGUGUAGUGCGUGUAUCGGUGUGUGCCGAGUUUGAAACCGUGGGAAAAAUCAGUGACGAUCGCGAAAUUCCGGUCCCGUGAAGAAGCGGUUAACAGGCGGCCUGAGUGAGAGAGAGAGAGAGAGAGAGAGAGAGAGAGAGAAAGAUCAAGCGAGGCUCCCAGUUUACGUGAAAGGAUAGCCACAACAUCGGACGCAUUAAAAAUACGCAAAGGCCUGAGCGAGACAGCGCGAGUCAGCACGGUCGAAGAAGCGGAAAGUUGAAAGAAGCCAAAGUUCGCGUUCUUCGCGAUCGCCAAUUUCGCAUUUUCGCGAACUUCUCACCCACCCCUCGUUUCACCUCGUGUGAGCCAGCCCAAAAAUUUAGCUUUCUGUUUAUGUGUGCAACCGUGUGCUUUCGGCUUAAGCGUGUGUUUGUGUGUUGUUUGCCAGCCUAGCGUUAGUGGCCGGGGCGUAAAAACAUAAAUAAAUACGGACCGCUAUAAAAGACUUUCGCGCAGAGAACGGAAACGGGUGAAAGUUUUUUUCAAGUUGCGUGUGGAGCACGGGUCUCAUAUUGCAGAGAGUAGGAACCCACUGUUCAGGUUUAUUAUGUGCGCAAAGUUUGCAUAAUUGAGACUGCCCUUGGAUACCUGGUGAAGUAGUGAAGGGUGCAGUAGUAACGUUCCACUAGUAGACCGUUGUGUGCCGCCUCGCCAAGGGGUGGACGAUAUAGGCCUCUAUAUGGGUGUACUGAACGUGACCAGUUCCGGUGCCGCAAUCGUCGAGUGCCAGCUACAGCAGCAGCAGCAGCAGAACAAGAAAAACGACACAAUCUUCUCACCCAUCAAGAACAAGAUGAAGGUGCUGAAGAAGAUUAAGAAACGCAUGGGACUAGCAACGAGAAGUGCAUCGUCCUGUCCCGGUCCCAACAAUCUGCCCCCGCUACAGUUCCACAGCGUGCACGGUGACAACAUUCGGAUCUCGCGCGAAGGUACCGUCGCCAAGCGGUACGAAUCGUUCUGCAAGGGCAUCACCUUCAGCGCACGGCCGGUGCGCGUGAACGAGCGCGUAUGCGUCAAAUUCCUGGACAUCUCAAACAACUGGAGCGGUGUGAUUCGGUUCGGCUUUACUUGCAACGAUCCGUCCUCGCUGCGCGGUAACCUGCCAAAGUAUGCCUGCCCGGACCUGACGAACAAACCCGGCUUCUGGGCGAAGGCACUGAACGAACGGUACUGCUACCGGGGCAAUGUGCUGUUCUACUACGUCACGCCGUCGGGUGAUGUACAUUUCGGCAUCAACGGCGAGGAGAAGGGCGUGUUCAUUACCGAUGUGGAUGCACGCGGACCGCUGUGGGCCGUGAUCGAUGUGUACGGCAACUCGACCGCGAUCGAGUUCCUCGACUCGCGCAUCUACAUGUUCCAGGCCCAGCAGCAGCAACAUCAACACCAACAGCAGCAACACCAGCAGCAACAGCAUCAUGGCGCUCAUCCACACGCGCAAAGCCAAACGCGACGACCGACGGAACCGGAAAUCGGUAUGCCACAGAUGGAAUCGCUCAGCAUUAACCAGCACAACCAUCAGCUGAUGGAGGAGCGCCCGGUGACUUGCGGUGCCCUGAGUCCCUCCACCUCCGUACGCUACCACAGUCCAGCGCCGGGACUGUUGCCACUGCCCUUCCAUCCGGUACGUGGUCGUAACAUUAAGUUUUCCGCUGACCGGUACGUGGCGACCCGUGCCGACACCGAGUUCUGCCAAGGGUACGUGUUCUCGCCCCGACCGGUCAAGAUCGGCGAACGGUUGAUCAUUCAGAUCCUUAAGACGGACUCGAUCUUCGUGGGUUCGUUAGCGCUGGGCCUGACGUCCUGUGAUCCGGCCAGUCUGCAGCUGAACGAUCUGCCCGACGAUUCGGACAUGCUGCUUGAUCGGCCAGAGUACUGGGUGGUGAGCAAGGACGUUGCGUCUACGCUGGUACGAGGCGAUGAGCUGUGCUUCAACAUCACCGUCAACGGGGAGGUGCAGAUCAGCAAGAACGGUGGUGCACCGUCGGUCAUUAUGCACAUCGACCAGUCGUUGCAGCUGUGGGCCUUCCUGGAUGUGUACGGUUCUACGCAGAGUGUGCGUCUGUUCACGCUUCCGCCUACGCCGGUGCCUUCGUCGUGCGCCACCAGCAUGUACAUGGCCCGGUCACAUUCGUCGCUGGCAGCCGCCACUAGUCAAUCGGUUCGCAGCCUGCAUCAGGAGCAACAGGUGAUGGCGGAAUCCGCCUCCAUGGCAACCGGCAGCUGUCGGACGCUUGCCGGUGGUUCUUCGACGAGCGCCCUGGUUCAGCAGGCGACGGCCAAUACCGCUGCUACCGCAUCCGUGCGUCCCGACAUGAUCCAGAUCAACCCGGGCGGUACGGUGCUAGUCGUCAAUCUGCCUCCAGCCGACGUUCUCAGCCAGCAGCAGCAGCAGCAGCAUCAACAAUCGUCCCAAACGCAGGCACAAGCCACGCUCGUGACGCGCGGUAUGACCACUUCCGCUUCCACAUUGUCCGUCCCACUGUCGACACUUUCGCUCUCGUCGCAUACUGGCUCGACGGGAACGGCCAGCGAGCUGAUGGCCACCAACAACAACAGCAACAACUACGCUGCUAGCAAUUCUUCUGCCUACCCUGAGUCACUGUCCAACUACAACAACGCAGCCAACUACUCGACUGCAGCCCUCGCCGCCAACGGCAUCUACAGCUCGACCAACUGUGUCGAUUGCACGAUCUGCUUCGAGAAACCGAUCGAUUCGGUGCUGUACAUGUGCGGCCAUAUGUGCAUGUGCUACGAUUGCGCGAUCAAGCAGUGGCGUGGCAUCGGCGGUGGACACUGCCCGCUGUGCCGGGCCGUGAUUCGCGAUGUCAUCCGCACGUACAAGUCGUAGACGCCAGGUGAAAACAUACCGAUGGGGGCAUAGCCAAAGAAACCGAAAAAUGGACCGUGUGGAUUACCCGUGCGUGUACUCCACGCGCCAAACAAAUGUGAUUAAGCAGGCAGUGCAUAACAGUUGUGAUUUGAAGGAAGAGGAAGAGCAAAACAAGAAAGAAGGGCGAUCGUCGGUUAGCGAGGAGUUCCAGUUGUUGUUGAUGUUUGUUGUAGGAAGUAACGGUUGGGAAGUAACGUUAUUCCGUCACCGUUUGUUGCGAACCGGUCCUCCAGCGCAUCCCUCCAACGCCCAUAGCGGUGGGGACAUAAAUUAACACUGAUAGUUUAUCGGUUGCAAGAUAAACUAUUGAGUAGUCAAAAUUUAUAGCAGAACAAGUCACACGCACACUGGCGCAGUGGAUGCGAGUUUCUUUUGGGGCACUGAAGUUAGGCUUUUGGUUAGGUUAGCAAACAAACCGCAAGCGUUCGUUAUGGACCGAACUGGAACGGAACGGUGUACGGAGGCGGAACGCGCGGUGAUGGUAGACGAUGAUGCGAUGUGAUGAUGGUAGCCAAAAACAAAAACAAAAUAACCGAAAUGAGGAAUGCAGUAGAAAGUAUGUUUACCGAAUGCAGCAACACAAUUGACUAGUGUGUAAGAAAACCCGUACGGCGGAGAAAAACGGCCGGUGGGAGUGAAUUGAGUUAGAGAGCGAAAACCAAAACCGAGUGUAACGGAAGGGAAGGCAUUUCAUUGCAUUUACACGAAGCAGUUGUGGGAAGGGGCGCGUUAGCCAUGCGUCAGUCAAUAAUCGAACGAGGCCAGUUAUUGCUUGGUGGGUUUGUUUUAAACCCCUAACACUCUAGUUUACAAAAUAGUCAAUUCGACACCUAUAUCCUCCAGAUCAGUGGCAAUUCCUAUGACCGAUGUCGGGACUGUUAAUGGCCACUAAAAUGAGAGAACGAGAGAGAGAGAGAGAGGGGAACAAGUUUGCCAAAAAAAAAGGAAACAAAUGUCGCUUCCAGAUAGGAUGCGCUGCUUCGUACAGGAGUACAUAAUCGUGAAAAAAGGUUAGCUCGAUCGAUAGGGCAAUAAGUACACAAACUGACAAGGUCGAGUUGUUGUUAGGUUUCCGAAUAGCUCUCUCUUGCUUCAUUACCUCGUGUACAGUGUAUGAUAGUGUAAAACGGAUUUUUUUAAAGCAUUGGUUUUUUUUUUUCCACAAUAAUUCAAGCGACGAUGGGCCGAUAGGUAGGAGCUCUGUCCCGAAUGCACUCACGGAGCGUGAUCGCGCUUCGUUCGGUGCACUGUUCUAGUUGCAAACGUGCCGAACGUGCUAUCGGUUCAAUAAUUUAUUUUCUAGUCAAAUAGUCAAAGCAAUGGCAUUCGGAUUACGAGCAUACAAUUAUAUAGUUGUGUACGGAAAUGGAAUGAGGAAAAGAAAUAUUAAAAAAGCGAAAACGCGACUAUUAUUUAAACCAGCAAUCGAUUUUGAGUUUAAUUUUAUUUUAACCUGAAAGCACACGUCUCAUAGCUAGCUAUUUUUGGUUGGUUCUACUUCCGUUCGAUACUUUUGUGCGCCAGGCAAUCAUAGUGGGCAAUAAUCGGUUGGAUUUGUUCCUGGAGCUCGGGGUCCAGGAUCCAUGCUCUGGAGCUGGAAUUGAACAUAGCUGCCAAACACUUAGCACGGGGUGGGCAGAAAAGAAAAAUGGACGCUUGGUCAGUCAGUAGUAGUGAGAAGGCGGAAGGUGCGGGAAUAGCCGGCAGAUGUAAGAUAAGAUGGGCUAACUGCUUGUGCGUUCGGUACAGUCUUUAAAGAUAAUUUAUUGCUACAUAGGUUGGCGCAGGCGGUAUGAUUCAACUGUACAUUUUGUCCCUUUGUUGUUUUCUCAUUGUUUUGUGACGCUACUACCUAAAGAAAUGCAAAACAAAUAUGAACAAACAGAAACCUUCAAUAAGAAAUACAGAACUAACUUGAAAAACAA